AUGAGACAGAAAGUUGGGCCAUCUGCUUCCAUGGAAGACAAAGAGCUUCUUCGGUUUCUGAUCGCGAGAAAGUGGCAAGUGGAUGCAGCCGUUGAACAAUGUCAGGCCAUGCUUCGAUGGCGAAAGGAGCACAAAGUGGAUCAAGUUCGAGGCAAUGCGCUGGGACCCUUCGGGCCAAAGGCCGCCUUGGAGGCUGCACAGGAUGCUCGGCUUAGCCGACAAGGUGUGGAGAUGUUUCCGCAGCUUAGGCUUGUGGAGCCAAAGUCCAUUGAGGGCUCCCUUCUGUACUACGGGCAAACUUUGGCCUUUGGCUUUGACAAGAAGGGCCAGCCCAUCCAAAUCCAGAACGGAGGGCUCGCAGGAUGGCGCUUUCGAGGCAUGCUUUCUGUGAUUGGCGGAAGCGAACAUGUAUUGGCGAGCUUGGUUCGCAUGCAUGAACUGCAGGCCGCUCGCAUGGAAGAGGCAUCUAAAAGGCACGGGCGUCCAAUCACAAAGCAGGUCGUGAUUACAAACGCUGAUGGCAUGCCGCUUCGGCCUGAUCCACUGGCCGUGGCAGCAUUCAAAGAUUUUCUGGUUGUCAGCUCUCGCUACUAUCCAGAAUCCUUGGCUGUCCUGUUCGUUGUAAAUGCUCCACCUGUAUUUGUUGCGCUCUACAGGCUGAUCAAGACUUGGCUAGACCCAGUCACAGCAUCAAAGAUCCAGGUUCUUGGAAGAAACUUUCAUUCAGUCCUUCUGGAGCACAUCGAUGCAGACCAGCUGCCACGCGACUACGGUGGAACUGUCGACUUUGACCUUUUGGGCAGCACCUGGAGCGAGGAGGACUGCGAUCGGUGCAUCGCAAGCUGCAGGCAGGCUCUCCAACAAAAUGUUCGUGAGCGCCGGUCUGAUGAAGCCCGAGAAGCCACAGACAAACCCUGGCGAUUUCAACAGCUCUUCGUUGUCAGCAUUGUUCUUCUUCUUGCUUUCUACGGCCUGCCGUAA